AUGGUGGUCUUACAGAAGCCAGCCCUUGAACGGAUCUCUCUCGUCAAUCUCCACGCCAGGCAAGGCGUCCCUCUUGCUCGCAUCCCCGUGGUCGACCUGUUAAAGCCCGACGCUACGGCCAUGGUCAGGGCAUGUGAGGAGAUGGGCUUUUUCAAGGUCACCAACCACGGCAUCCCUGCGGGAGUCAUGACAAGGCUGGAGGCCGAGGCUUUGGCCUUCUUCUCCCAGCCCCAGCGGGACAAGGAGCGUGCUGCUGGGGUGGCUUGCCCGGUUGGCUACGGCAACAAGAAGAUAGGCCCCAACGGAGACGUCGGUUGGCUCGAAUACCUUCUGAUGCAAGUCAACAGUGGUCGCGACGCCGCCGAGCCGGUGUCGGCUCUGCUCAAGGAGAACGGUGCCGUCUCCUUCUGGUAAUUCUCCCCUCGCGGCUAAGUCUUUGAAAAAAAUAAACCCAGAACCAUAAGGUCGCUUAAAUUGGCUUUGGCGAUUCUUCUGCAGCGGCGCUCUGGUGGAGUACGUGGCGGCUGUGCGGAGGCUGGCCUGCCGGGUGCUGGAGCUAUUGGCGGAAGGUCUCGGUCUCGCGCAGAGGAACGCUCUGAGUCGGCUGUUGGUGGACGAGGAAAGCGAUUCCAUGUUCAGGCUCAACCACUACCCGCCAUGCCCGCCGAUGAGCGGGGCGCCAGGUUUCGGCCUCACCGGGUUCGGAGAGCACACUGACCCACAGGUCAUCUCCGUGCUCCGCUCCAACAACAUCAACGGGCUGCAGAUCUCCCUCAGAGACGGCAGCUGGGUCUCGGUUCCUGCUGACCAGUCCUCAUUCUUCGUCAACGUCGGCGACUCUCUCCAGGUGACGCGUUCGACUAGUAGCAGUAUCAACGGCAUCAUUGCUGCCAUCAUCAAUUCUCCAACCUACUACACAUUGUCAUAUCGUUCUCUUGCUUUGUCUAAGCGCCAUCUUUUCUGAUAAUAAUUACUUUUUGCUUGUCUGUAUCAGAAUUUAAAAUCUGGACUAAAUAAGAAAUGCUAUGAAUAGGUUUGAAGUUGGAUUUUUCCAUUGUUAAACUAGAUAUCAAGUCACACGUAGUGUUCCAACUCUUGCAAUUUUACAUAUACGGAGAAUGGGUACCAUAAAAUUAAGUUUAUGUCUAUAAAGAGGAGAAUUGUUCGCUCGUUAUUAAUGGAUCUUGAUUUAGAUUGUAUAUCAAAUGCAAACUCUAUUAUAAAUAAUGGUCUAAGAAGAUAGUGAGAAUUGCCUGCAGCUGUGUUCGCUAAUUGUUGAUUUUGAUUUGGUGAGGAUUUCUCUCUUGGGGCUUUUGUCUGUGUUUCCAUGCAGGUGAUGACGAACGGUAGAUUCAGGAGCGUGAGGCACAGGGUGCUUCUGGGGAGCAGCACUGAGCCAAGGGUAUCGAUGAUCUACUUCGGGGGGCCGCCGCCGGGCGAGAAGCUGGCGCCACUGCCGGUGCUAAUGGCGGAUGGAGAGCGCAGCCUCUACAGGGAGUUCACGUGGGCCGAGUACAAGAAGGCUGCCUACAACACGAGAUUGGCCGACAACAGGCUGGGCCUCUUUGAGCUCUGGCGAGGGGCUCGCUGA